AUGGGACUCGAGGGCAAGAAUCGAGCGACCGACGGCAGAGAUGGGACGGAGUGGACCGCGGCGAGCGAGCGCGAGAAAGGGGCCUUGACUGUGGCCCACUCGCCAGGCCACUUGCUCUGCCCCCCCCGCCCCCCCCCGCGGGGUGCGGGGAGGGGCUGCCGGGCUGUGCGCGCUGCGUUGCGAGGCGCGUGUAGCCGCAGUCGGGAGCACACGGUGGGCAGGCAUGGCCGAGAAGAUGGACAAGGCAGACCGUUCCCUCACCGAGAGACUCAUGGGCGCCUGCACCCUCCGCGGCUGAGCCGCAACCUCUCCCUGCGCCGGGAGAACUCGGCGGCGGCGGCGGCGGCGGCGUCACGCGGCCCCAAGACGACCGCCGGGGGGGCGGCUGGCGGAGCGCACACCAUCGCACGCAUCCCCCACGCAGGCGGCGACCAGAGGCGGCCGCACACCGCGUGCGAGCUCGAGCGGCUGGAGGAGCGGGAGGAAAAGCGGGCGGCGGCGGCGGGCAUUGCCACCGGGAGGGCGGUGAGCGCCUGCGACGUGGCGGUGGCGGGGGGCACCCCGCUCGCGGAAGAGGGGGGCACCGCGACGACGUCCGGCGAGGCCGGGCGGCGGCCACCCCCGCCGUCGCCUCCCGAGAACAAGCUGUGCUCCCGCCUGUCCCUGCUGCAGAGCGAGGCGCGCAUAUCCCUGCGGUACUUGACGAUGGCGGCGGAGAGGGCCGCUCGGGAACAGGUGUGCGGGGCGGCAGGCAGGGUGCUCGAGUCCGUGAGCAACAUGCUCGUCUGCGAGGGGAUGCCCAGCAACAGUGUGCAGGAGGCCGCGGUGUGCUCUGCGCUCGCCCGUCUCCUGCACUGGGCCGACCAGCACGCCCUGACGAGCCGAGCCUUCACCAGCGUCGACACGGCCUUGCAGCAGCUCGCCGCCGACCUCAACGCCGCCACGCAGGAGCUCAUCGAUUGGCUGGCCACCGAGUCAGGGCGGCGGAUUGGUCGAUCGAACGAUGACAUCACAGCCCCGCCCAAGCCGCCCCGUCCGCCUGGCCUCACCUUCCUCAACACCUACAGCCCCCCGAUGCUCCCGGCAAAGUCCUGGCGCACGCCCGGAGGAUCGGUGAGGAACGGCGAGAACAGGGAAACUUUCCUUGGAGACGUGACUCCCUUGCCGACUCCGAGUGAGCUGAUGGCCUUCGACCUCCUUUCAAUCUCCGCCGCCAACUCCGGGCACGGGACAGGAAGUGAUGUCAUCGGCGAAGCGUCCCCGCCACCGCUGCCAGAAAAAAAAGCCCACGUGCAGACCUACAUACAGAUGUGUCGGGAUUACAAGACUCCCGACGCCACGUCGUUCAUCGCCAUGAGACCCAUCGACUACCGCCUCAUGCCCGACAUCCAGGACAUCCAAGCGACCGUCGGCGACGCCCGUGCGGCCCCUCCGCCGGUCCACGAGAGGGCCCCCCGCGCCGUUGGCGGCGCUCCCCACGCGCCGUCCUCCCCCGGCGAGCGAAACGAUUCCCCCUCCGGCUCGCACGCCGACGGUCGGCCGGGUCCCUCGGCCGCGAGCGGCGAGGCCACGUCGGACGCCGGGGCCGGGCCCGUCUCGCCGAGCGGCGGCCGAGAAGGCGGCCUCGGCGGCGGCGAUCGCUUACCCGGCGAUCUACCGGCGGUCGUCGUCGUCGACGAGACGCCCGUGGCGCCCGCGGGCGACGGGCAGGGGGAGGCUGUCGAGGAGGCCCCUGGGGUGGACGCGGCGCCGAGCGCGACGAGCAGGAGUCCCGCAGGAGACGGCGUGCCCACGAUGGGCGGAGCGAGCCCGUCCGUCGCCACGCCCUGCUCGGAACAAGAAGAACUCUUCCUCGUUGACUACCAAGAGAUCAUCAGGAGGCUGGUGCUGAAGAGCCAGGUUGAUAGUGGACCCGACCUCAAGGGGGGUUCCCAAGACAUCCUCAUCGUCCACGCGACCAUGGCCGAUAAAAAACAGUACCUGGUGUUCUGCGAGGCGUUCAUCGUCACCUACAGGACGUUCAUUUCCUCCGAGGGGCUCCUCCGUAAACUCAUCAUGAGGUACCGGCACCUGAGCAGGACGGAGGACGCGGCGCACACGCGGGCACGCAGGAACGCACUCUCGCUGCUGCUCAGGGUCACCGACGACCUGUGCGUCUCGGAGCUGACGGACGAGGUGGUGUGCCUGCUGGCCGGCGUGGUGUGCGCGUGCGUGACCGGCGGGGACCUGCCGCUGGCUCGGCCUCUGCGGGACACGUUGGUGACGCGCGUAAUGGCGCGGCGCGCACACGCACAGGCCACGAGUGGGACGCCCCUCGCCAGCCUCGCCGUGUCGGCCCGACCGGCCUCGGUCCACGACUUCCGCAGCCUUGAGUUGGCGGAGCAGCUCACUCUGUUGGACUCUGAGCUGUUACAAAAAAUCGAGAUCCCGGAGGUGCUGCUCUGGGCAAAAGACCAGAACGACGAGAAGAGUCCAAAUCUGACGCGGUUUACGGAGCACUUCAACGCAGUGUCCUACUGGGCGCAGACCGUACUGAUCCAGGCCGACAAGCAGUCGGAGAGGGAGCGGCUCGCCCACAAGUUCCUCAAGAUUAUGAAGCACCUGCGGCGCCUCAACAACUACAACUCGUACCUGGCGUUGUUGUCCGCACUGGAAGCCUCGGCCAUCGCCCGCCUGACGUGGCCAAAGAGUGUCACUGAGACGAUGGCAGAGUUCCGCCAGCUGAUUGACAGCUCGGGCUCGUUUUCCAAUUACCGCUCGGCCCUGGAGAAGGCCCAACCCCCGUGCCUCCCCUACCUCGGGCUGAUCCUGCAGGAUCUGACGUUCGUGCACAUGGGGAACCCAGAUCUCAUCGCCGGCCGAGUGAACUUCUCCAAGCGCUGGCAGCAGUUCAACAUCCUGCAGAGCUUGCGUACCUUCCUGCACUGCCGCUACGAGUUCCAGCGCGUCGACUCGGUGCUCUCGUGCUUCGACGGCUUCACGGCGCGCCUGGGCGAGGAGUCUCUCUACGAGCUCUCGCUCGCCAUCAAACCGCGCGCACAGCGGCGCCACUGCGACCAGCUCACCGCCUAGCAGCGCACGCGCCGUUUCCGCGGCAACCGCUGCCCGCGCCGUUUCCGCGGCAACCGCUGCCCGCGCCGUUUCCGCGGCAACCGCUGCCCGCGCCGUUUCCGCGGCAACCGCUGCCCGCGCCGUUUCCGCGGCAACCGCUGCCCACGCCGUUUCCGCGGCAACCGCUGCCCGCGCCGUUUCCGCGGCAACCACUGCCCAGGCCCGUUUCUGUAGUAACCGCUGCCCAGGCCGUCUCCGCGUUUGCCACCGUGACGACCGCGUGAGCGUCCCCCCCCCCCCUCCUCUCUCUCUCGGAUCGUCUCGUCGGCAUUAUGCGCGAGUCGUGUUGCUGGCCUCGAUUCGGCGUGCCGGUGCGCAAGGGGCACGAGGUGGUGCCAAUGGCCCCACUGGCCCCACUGGCCGUGUCACUGGCCGUGUAGUCGGCCACGGUGCACGCGAGGCCCCAGGGACGGAGCCGCGAGUCGAGCCUCAGGCCGGGACUCGGGCAGCGCCAGAGGAGAGUCGGGGAUCCAUACAUGAGAGUCGGGGAGUUCGUGACCGACGACUUCGGGCACGAGAUGUGAAAAAAGUGUUUCUCAAUCUUUUUUUUUUACGUAAGUUUUAGUUUUUAUGUCACGUGUAUAGUUACAAGUGUAUUGUAUCCCAGUGUGGGCCCUCAAUAAAGGGGACACUCGCUGGUGUGCGAGGUCCGUGACGUUCA